GAUGCUGUUGUUUGUUGUUGGUUGCCACAGUGAUUUGGACUUGAAAGCCCCCAUCUUUUCAUGUCUAUUUGACACUGAUUCUUGAUAUGUCACUUGCCCUUAUUCAUGUCCUCCCCCUCCUCUUUUUGACCCCCCCCCUUCCUACCUUUUUCUAUCUUCCCCUGUUUCUUCUUCUUCUUUAAGCUGUGUGCACUGCAGCUGCCUAAACUCUCACUUCUAGAGAGAGAGAGAGAGAGAGAGGAGAAAUGGGUUCUCUUGGAGGUGAUGUUGCAAAUAAAGCAAUGUGGCUAUACCCAAAGAUCAUGGGUUUUAACCCUACUGAGAGAUGGGGGCACUCUGCUUCCUAUUCUGAUGGAUUCAUCUAUGUCUUUGGGGGAUGUUGUGGAGGUCUACAUUUCAGCGAUGUCAUCGUGCUGAAUCUCGAUACUAUGGCUUGGACAACUCUAGUAACCACGGGCCAAAGCCCUGGCCCGAGAGACAGUCACAGUGCUGUACUUGUGGGGCAUAGGAUGAUAGUAUUUGGAGGCACAAAUGGUUCCAAGAAGGUCAAUGACCUUCACAUAUUGGAUCUCAGGACAAGUGAGUGGACCCGACCGGAUUGUAAAGGGGUCCCGCCUUCCCCUCGCGAAAGCCACACCGCCACACUUAUCGGUGAUGAGAAGUUGGUUAUAUUCGGGGGAAGUGGCGAAGGGGACACGAAUUACUUGAACGAUUUGCAUGUCUUGGACCUCAAGACAAUGAGGUGGAGUUCCCCUGAGAUCAAGGGAAAUUCUCCGGUGCCCCGGGAUAGUCACAGUGCUGUUGCAGUGGGGACAAGGGUCUUCGUGUACGGCGGAGAUUGUGGAGAUCGAUACGAAGGCGACAUCGAUGUGUUUGACUUGGACACGUUGACUUGGUCACGGUUGGUUGUUCAAGGAUCUUCACCUGGUGUUCGAGCAGGUCACACGGCUGUGACUAUUGGAGCUAAGGUAUAUGUCAUUGGAGGCGUCGGGGAAAAGCAAUACUACAACGACGUUUGGGUUCUUGACAUAAGUGCUUGUUCAUGGAAUCGGCUAGAGAUACGUGGCCAUCAACCGCAAGGGCGGUUUUCUCAUACCGCCAUUGUUACUGAGACGGACAUUGUCAUCUACGGAGGGUGUGGGGAGGAUGAGCAUCCUGUCAAUGAGUUGCUCGUCUUGCAGCUUGGAAACGAGCAUCCCAACGGGCGUUACAACAUCUCAUUGUGCAAAAUUUUCGGAAAUCCUUGUAACCAGCAAAAGAGAAGGCUUAUAAGAGAAACAAGGAACAACUCGAGAACUAUGUUGUUGGGGAGUAAUAUAGAAGUUGUUAGAAAGCAAGCUCAGGAACUUGAAUUGGAGUCCAAUAAGUCCUUACAAAUUAAUUCAGAUGCUGCACAAUCAAAGAGGAAAAGAUCAAGCAAUGCAAAGGUGUGCGAAAUAGAAUCAGAACCUGAAGAACACUCUCUUUCUCUGUCCCAGCACUCGUCUCCAUCUCCUUCGCAAUCUGAUCAAGAACAGACCCCUGUGAAAAAAGGCGCUCAUUCUAUCACAACUUCUCAAGUAUUUCCCUUGUUUAAGCAGAAAAACCAGAUCUCAACCAACGGACAUUCUAAUGAUGUCAAAAGUACCAAAUUGAGCCCCAGGGAUUUUCUUCGAAAGGAUCCACGAGAUUUUCACAUUUUAAGAGGAAACCCGAACCUGCCAAACUCUGACCAGCAUCUUCAUGCUGCUCAUACGGGUAGGAAUGAAGCACACCAUCCAGCUAAUGAACAAAGAUUCUUGGAGGCAGGACCAUUCCAGAAUCUGGUUGGAGCUGACAUCCGAGGCAAGAUCGAUGGAGCUUUCGACUCUGGUUACCUGAUGACAGCAAUAGUCAACGGGAAGAUUUUUCGAGGAGUCUUAUUUGCACCGGGACCUGAGAUAGUGUCAAGAGGUACAACUCUGUGUCAAAACCCUUCUCCCCAACCUAAUCAAAGGGCUAACAUCACCCAACCAGCCCCACACAUGAACCACAUUAGUCCCCCAUUUUUAAGGCAUCCGCAGCAGCAAAUUCACAUGGCUCGACCAUCUCCGGUCAUCAGAGAGACAAAGCUCAGAAGCGAUCUUCAAGGCGUGGUUCUGACACUAGGAGGUCCUGGAGGUGGCGAUGGUGGAUCGUAAGUAGAUAAUAUCGGAGCAAGCGUUUGACCUCUUUUGUGGUUUAGCAUUCUGCUACUUCUUAGGAUGGUGAGUGGAUCUUGUUUUUCUUCCAUGGGAAUGGUUCUGUUUAGUCUUUGAGAAUUAGGUAAUUAAGUUAAGCAGUUAAAUCUAGUUUUUAUCAUUUCUUGACCAAGAUGCUGUUAGCUUUCAUAUGUAGUAGUAAGAGUUUUGAAAGUUUGUUGAAGAGAGACAUAUUGAAACAUGUAGAUAUUCCUCAAACCUAAUCUGUUUAUUUAAAUAGCUAGCUCUACUAUCAAAUUUUCAA